AUGAAGAUGGCUGACGGUUCUACAAUUUUGCGACGAAACAGACCCGGAACGAAGGCUAAGGAUUUUUCCAACUGGGCCGAUGAAGUGUUCGAGGAAAUGGAUAGCACGCUUGCCGUGCAGCAAUACAUCCAACAGAUGAUCAAAAGAGACCCCUCGAAUGUGGACCAAAUUUUGACAAUGCCCGAUGGGCAGGAUGAGGGCGUGUGGAAGUACGAACACCUGAGACAAUUUUGUAUGGAACUGAAUGGACUAGCUGUAAGGCUUCAGACGCAGUGCUUCCCGGCCACCUGCACCCAAAUGACGGCCACAGAGCAGUGGAUUUUCCUGUGCGCAGCCCACAAAACGCCCAAAGAGUGUCCGGCAAUUGAUUACACCCGGCACACGCUAGAUGGUGCUGCGUGCUUGUUGAAUAGUAAUAAGUAUUUUCCCAGCAGAGUUUCCAUCAAGGAUUCCUCCGUAGCAAAGCUAGGGUCGGUGUGUCGCCGCGUGUAUCGAAUUUUCUCUCACGCGUACUUCCAUCACCGACGGAUAUUCAACGAGUUCGAAGAGGAGACAUCGCUCUGUCUGCGAUUCACCAACUUCGUUACAAAGUACACGCUCAUGUCGAAGGAAAAUCUAAUCGUUCCCAUUCCGGAAUGUGAGCUGACUCCUGGCGAAAGCGAAGCAUAAAUCGCUGGUGAAGACGAAUCAGGCACACGGGCGUUAUUUUUCGCAACUUUGUGUGACUAUUCGAAGUGAAACCAUAAUAAGAGAACGAGAAAAAGCGCAGGAUAAAAAAGCUAUCUAGCGUUAUAGUUCUCAAAGGUUUGCAACAAACAAAAGCACCAUCAUACUCUGUAAAUUGAAGAUGAACAAGUAUCCAAGCACAGUCAAACAUAGCGGCAUACUGCCGUUGAAUAGUCCCAUGAAGCCAUUCGUAUGGCCUCCGUACGUACAUUGAGUGCUACUGCCGACCAGAGUUAAUUUAACGAAGGCGUGACAU